AUGACCAACUUCACGGAAUGUGAAGCGCGCUUCACAGCCAACACCCCCGACGGAGACUCACUUCGCAGGCAAUGGGGAUGGAACGGUACCAUCUUUGGUAUUGUGUACAACAACAUGACACAGAUAUCCACAGAAGGGUGCAUACACGUGUGUGGCUCAGGACCGGAUAUAUACGCAUGGAGGGAUAUUUCUGGAGUAAUAACCACAUGGGUACUACCGACCAUCGGUAUACUCCUGCAAGCACCCUUUGAGAGCAAUGCAACUCGACGAACAAUUUUGGCCAUCACGCGAUGGGUAGGCUCGCCUAUCGCAUCGCUGUCCUACGUACUGUGGAACAUCAAGGUGUCCGCCAAAGCUGCCUUGAUGGUCGACAUGGCUGUUGAAUACGGCGACACGCCCAAAUGCACGACCGAAUUUGGCAGCAUGCGAGACUCGAUGUACCUCUUGCUGGUCCUGAACCAGUACACACUGAAUUCAACCGUCAUGUCGAAGGAUAAUCAUAAAGAGGCGGAGUGCUUGUUGCGCAUCACGCUCUUCAGCAAAGAACUCAUAUUAACAGGUGCUGACAAGACGCUUCAUGAGAUGAGACGUAUACUGGCGCAAGAGGUGCGUGAAACGAGAAGAAGAGGCACUGUACCAGUCUUUGUCUCCAUCUUGUGGUUCUUGUUUGCUUUCGCACUUUCCAUCCAGGAUGCUUUUAGUGAACUAGGAGCCAAUACCACUGCUCACGAUCUAGCGUUGGGCUGUCUGCUGGCUUGGUUCCCCGUCCUCAUCAUGAGCUCUAUCGUAGACCGCAACCCAAUCGCAGCAGAAGCGAUCCGCAAGAAACUGAACACCUUGGUCGACCACGUUCGCAUUUCUUUACGUGACCCGCCGAAUCGUAGGGAGUACCUUAAACUCUACCAAGGAGAGGAAAACUACCCUGAUUUGGAAGACAGGAUCGAGAAUGUAGCGAAGAAAGAACGGUGCAUGGACGAAUUUUUUGUGGAUUUCGCUGGUCAAGCACGCGUUAGGUGGCAUUAUGGUGCCGCACAUGCCAUUUUGUGUGACAUCGAGGAUUGCUAUAUUCAAAAGAAGGGCCGUGACUGGCUGGCAAUCGAACACGAAGCACGAGCCUAUCUGGUAUUGGGUGCCGUCAACGACGAGGGUUUGGUUUGGUUCGAUUUCCGAGAGUUCUGGCAAAUCAUCAGUGCUAUCGUCAUCGUCGGUGGAAGUUGCGGAGGCGCAUUUAUCUUGAGCUACUUCACGCCCACUAUCGAUCUCGGUUGUCGUAGCGGAGGGUACACCAUAUUCUUCACCGUCGCAACGGGCCUGCUUAUCGUCGAAAUGGCCGUCUGGAUGUACUUCUCGUCGUAUGAGAUUACUCCGCGUUGGCUAACCUGCUUUAUUGACUACUUGCAUGAGAAUCCCACUUUCGAUCAGUGGGCGAUCCACGCAAAGACGAUAUGGAAAAGACUAGGAAAAAGCUUUUCGAAAAAGUGUGAAGCCAUGGGAGACUGGUUGAUCCCUAGUAUAGCCUCUAUCGCUCUCGUAUGGCCGUCGAAAGGCCGGGAAGCUAGGAGAUUGAGAGUCGAAAAUUUCUUAGAGGACACGAGGACCAGAUGGCGCAAAGCGCUUCCACAGGAGAAGUGGGGGCUCAUCUUCUUCCGACCCAUAGAGUUCUUCAACACUGGAUGGCUAAUGUAUAUCGUUAUGGCGCAGGUUACUGGGCUGUACGGAACCUGUAACUGCAUAACCAGUAACUGGGCGGGUGGUGGUGGCUACCUUGAUUUCAGUCAACAAUUCACGUCGAACAGCUACGGUAUUACCUUGACCUGGGUAUCGGGUACCUCAUUGACCGCGUCAGUCAUGGGUCUAUCUAUGUUCUAUAUCACGGUAGAAUGGUGUCAGCAGUCUCACCUCUCAACCGAAGACUACGACGACGCCAUGAAAGGUUUACGAAGGACCCGCAAAUAUCGAUUGCGGACAAUGCACGCUCGCCGCAUAUCCCGUGCCACAUUGACUCAGCUAGGAAAAUUCGCUUUCGCUAUCGGUAAAAUGAUCAAUGUGGUCGGUAAAGAUAAGAAGCCACGGAAAACGCUCAUGUGGACCUGGGAUACCACAAAGGAACCAGUCCUCUCUCGCGCAGAUUCUGCAUAUGCAAGAAACGAUAGCCAUAGGCACCCCACAUUCCCGUUCGAGCGGACGCGCAACAACGCUGGAACGUAUAAUGCUGUGCUCGAUACAUCCGCUACAGCACACUCCUCAUCCUCGCCAGCAAUCACACCACGUGGAAUACACAACGAAAGUGACGCCCCGGUCGUACCACUCAGCGUGCCCAGUGGUUCGCGUAUAAGUGAUGACUCUUCGACACCUUUUAUCCCGACGGCAUUGCAAGAGCACCAGCAACAUGAAGUAGAGGACCAAAUGAGCAACGAGGAGCAUAGCAACGAGGAGCAUAGCAACGAGGAGACUCCUUUCUUUGAGCAAGGACGAAUGCGCACCAGUACACGAACUUGGCCGAAUGCGCAGGAUCCGCUGCAAAACCGACGAGGGUAUCGUCGCGCAAGAUCGGAUCCAGAGCUUUCGCACGAUGGUGGAAAUAUUGGAAAUGUUGGAUUAGUAGUCUCACAAGAACUACCAAACCAGAGAUAG